UUCAGAACGCCUCACCAGCCCAGCAGUUUGAGGGUCACAUUUUAUUCACACACAUCUCAGGAGGAAAGGAAGAAAAAAAAGACCAUCAAAAUGCCAGCCAGCCUCUGUGGUACAUGGGACAUAAUCAGCAAUGUCAACUUUGAGGGCUACAUGAUUGCACUGGGUAUCCCCCGUCCUGUCCGAAAGAUUGCUCUGAAACUGAAGCAGAGGAAGGUGAUUGAGCAGCAGGGGGACCAGUACGUCAUCAAAACUGUCAGCACCUUAAAAAACUACACCAUCUCCUUUAGAGUUGGUCAGGAGAAAAAGGAGUUUACCCAGGGACUGGACAACAGACAUGUUAAGUCACUGGUGACAUGGGAGGAGAAUAAACUGGUGUGUGAACAGACUGGAGAGAAGAAGAACCGGGGCUGGGCUCAUUGGAUUGAAGAGGACAAGUUACAUCUGGAGCUCUACUGUGAAGGCGAAGUCUGCAGGCAGGUUUUUAAGAAGAAUGUGAAAGGGGAAGAGGAAUGAAAGUUGUAUUUCUGGGGAACUUACUGAAUGAUGAAAGGCACCAUGUGUUAGAUCCACCACGCUAAACCCUGAAAAACAAAAACACACGAAAAGUUAAGUUUGUGGUAUUUCCUAAUGCGACUCCAGUGCUCAGUCUGGGAGAGAACAUCUUCCCUGUCAGGAUAUAGAUUUACACCACUAGAUGGCAUCACUGUAUUAUGUUUCAGAAACAGGGCUACACUGGUCUAGUGUAGUACUGUAAGUGGUGCUUGGCCUUGGAUAAGAAAAUGUACAGGACAUCAAGUCUGUUUUUGGCUCCUUUAAGCUGGAAAAAGACUCAAUGCAGGCUCUGUUUUAUUUCCUUUAAAUCCCUAUCUGAUGAAGCACAUUU